GCCUGCACACAUUUUUAAGAACCUUUUCAUAUUUAAGUCCGGGACAAUGGAUUGCGGGUGCAGUAGCGAUCAGUCAAAAAAGCGAAAAAUGUCGGCUUUGGAACAACUUAAACAGGUUACAACAAUUGUUGCUGACACUGGAGAUUUUGAAGCAAUUAACAUUUACAAACCUACCGAUGCAACCACCAAUCCUUCCCUCAUCUUAUCCGCGUCCACGAUGGAGCGCUACCAACACUUGGUCCAGAGUGCAGUUGAUUAUGGAAAAAAGCAAAAGGGAUCUUUGGAUGAUCAAGUCGCGGAAGCUAUGGAUUAUUUAUGUGUCUUGUUUGGGUGUGAAAUUUUGAAAAUAGUCCCGGGAAGAGUAUCAACCGAAAUAGACGCCCGUUUGUCUUUCGAUACAAAGAAGAGUGUGGAUAAGGCAUUGAAGUUGAUUGGCUUGUAUCAAUCUCAGGGUAUCCCAAAGGAUCGCAUUUUGAUUAAACUCGCUUCAACAUGGGAGGGCAUAAAAGCUGCCGAAAUUCUGGAAAAAGAACACUGUGUGCAUUGCAACUUAACACUGUUGUUUUCGUUUGCGCAGGCGGUAGCAUGCGCAGAAGCAGGUGUCACCUUAAUAUCGCCAUUUGUUGGUAGAAUUUUGGAUUGGUUUGUGGCCAACACCGAUACAAAGAAAUUUGAGCCUUUAAAUGAUCCUGGUGUGAUUUCGGUAACAAGCAUAUAUAACUACUACAAGAAAUUCGGCUAUAAGACCUUAGUAAUGGGAGCAUCGUUUAGAAAUACUGGAGAAAUUAAAGCUUUGGCGGGCUGCGAUUUGUUGACAAUCAGCCCAACACUGCUAAAGGAAUUGGAAAACGAAACAGAUUCAGUGGAUCCAUUAUUGACGGAGAGAAAUGCAAAACUACAGGAUAUUGAGAAAAUUGAUGUUGAUGAGUGUACAUUCCGCUGGAUGCUGAACGAAGACACUAUGGCUACUGAUAAACUUUCCGAAGGCAUUAGGAAAUUUGCUGUAGACACAGUAAAGUUGGAAAAAUUAAUCAAAAGUUAUUUUAAGUAAAUUUGUAUCAUAUUUGAUCUCUUAAAUUUUUUAUAACAUUUUUUCGUGGGUUUUAUCGUUUGGAUAAAAAAAAGAAAUCAGUUCUGUCAAUAAAUUCCAUGCAAAUGAA